AUGAUUACACGAUCAUUAUUCUUUCUUGCUCUCUUAGCAACAUCAGUAUGCGCAACCUCUUCACAAUGUUAUUAUCCGGACGGUACCGCAGCUGGCAUCAAUGAAUACGUCGUCUGCAAUGCCGGAUCAAGCGACAAAUUCAGCACCUGCUGCGGCAGUGUAGACAUGUGCACAACAAACGGCUUCUGCAAAUGGCAAGCAUGGAGAUAUAACAACUUUCUAUGGAGAAAUGGCUGCACAGAUCCGAAUUGGAACUCGCCAAAUUGUGCGCAAUAUUGUACCACGAACCCCAAGACCGGACAAAAAUAUAGCACGAGCCAGCUAGUAUACGCCUGCUCCGAGACGACCUACUGCUGUUCUUCGUAUCCGGGCAAGGAUGUUCCGGUGCAGGCCUACGAUACUCAAGGCAACUAUUCGUGUUGCAAUGAUCCAAGCCAAGUCUUUGAUGCUGGACCUGCCAAUUAUCUGUCCGGCCAGAAGGAUUUCACAACAUCGAUGUUCCCUACCACUACCACCGCGACCGGCGCGACAAGCUCAAGCAAAACCACAGCGGCAACCCAAAUCAGCGGUCUGACACUUGCAACGGGAAUACCUUCGUCGUCGCCCGCUUCGACAUCAACCGGAGCGGCCUCUCCAACAUCACAGCAGCAGUCCGAUUUAUCCUCGAAUCCCUCAUCAUCCACAUUCACCGGACUGAGCACCGGAACAAUCGUUGGCCUCGUGAUCGGUGGGCUAGCUGUGGUCACUAUCGGGGUCGCAUUUAUAGCCUGGCUCCUGAUAAAAUCUCGGCAUCAAGUCCUGCUCCGGGAGAAGCUUGCUCCAACAUGUGUAGAUCCGGCGCAGACUUUGCCAUUUGAUGGGAGACAAUGGUACGGGCAGGAAUAUAAGUCCGGCACAAUGCUCGGUUACACGUGUGAGAUCGGCCCGGGGCAGGUGAGUGAGAUGGGUGCGACGAAACCGCACGAGUUGGGCGCGGAGAGAUUCUCUGGGAGGAGGAGGGAACUGCCAUGA